CACACGUCACACAGGCGAGAAGCAGACAGCUGAAUUUUCUCCCACAACUCAGGAGAGAUCCUUCUCAACCUUUUUAAACCAUUUGACAGCUUCUCCAUCAAUUCAAAAAAAGCUACCGGACAAAAACCGACAGCCAGAUAAACUUUUGAGGGCAGUGUGAGCAGCGCGGGGUUUGCCCCCCAUCAGUGACUCUUCCCCCGAACUGCUGUGGUUCAGGAUCCGCUCCGGUACAAGAAACCAAACACAUAUAACUCAUUUUAUAUGGAGGCUGUUCUGAACUGCAAACCAGAGGACUUGGAGGAUUACUACGGGUUGUUAGGAUGCGAUGAACUGUCCUCGACCGAACAGAUUCACAACGAAUACAAGAUCCGAGCCUUGGCCUGUCACCCAGACAAACACCUGGACGACCCAGGAGCAGUGACAGAUUUCCAAAAGCUGCAGGAGGCCAAAGAGGUUUUGUGCAAUGAAACCAAAAGAAAAAACUACGACCUUUGGAGAAGAAGCGGAGUUAGGAUUCCUUUUCAUGACUGGCAAGCACUGAAUGACUCUGUAAAAACUUCAAUGCACUGGGCCGUGAGAAAUAAGAAGGAGCCGAUGUUGGAGGCCUUGAGAGCAGAAAUCCCAGUCGCUUCCCCAGCAGAGGACGUUCGUGCUGAACAAGAAGCACCAAAGAUCCCGUCAGACGAAGCCAUGCCAUCCUCGAGUGAUUUCUGCCAUCGACGUUUCCGUUGGGCUGCUGACUCCCCGUCCAGUCUGCUGCGGAGGUUCAGAAACUAUGAAAUAUAAUAAACAAAUCAACAGUUUUAAUUGUUGUUUAAAUGUUUGUGUGUUGUUCAAACUCUGGUGUGAGUUCUUGUGAAUGUUGUCUGGCUGUAACGCCACUAAAACUUCCUUCCAGCUCUAAAUGUGGCCAUUGCGAGUAUGAAAUACUUUGUAAACCAAAAAUCAGAGAGCUGCUUAUUAAAGUAUAUGAAUAAUUUAUUUUCUUAUUAGUCUUUGUCUGUCGUUCACCAGCACACAGUGGAUCCUGCCCGAUACUGGAGGACCUUUAAUGCUGUAAUGUGUCUUUCCGUGAUGUUUGAAACAUAAAACUGAAAAAUGUACAAGUACAUUAUUUUGUUUAUGUGUAUUUUUUUUAAAACAUCCUGUAUAUCAUGUUUGAUGUUGUAAAGUUAUUUUAAUGUAUCAAAUGUCAGAUGAAGUCCUUAAAUCAUGUCAAACCUUUUCUAUAACUGUAAAAUGUAGUUUGCCAAAGUUGUUUGCAGGUUUCAGGAGGAGGAAGGAAGUUCAGUUCCUGCAAUGUGUUCACAAAGUGUUCAAACAACAAUGGAAGAACGAACUGUCCCAGUAAAAAUGGCUGCCACACUGAGUGUCUUAA